AUGGCCUCCCCUGGCCCGGCGGCGCCGCCGGAGGCUCCGGGAGAGGGAGGGUCAGGAGAGGUAUUGGACGCAUUGGGUAGAGCGGUGGGGAAGAAACGGUGGCGACCCGUCUCUUCUCUCUCUGCCUUCAGCUACAUCCCGCCAAGACGGGAAGAGCCUCCGGAGCUCAGCUAUUUCUACCGGGCGCCCAAGAAAGAAAAUGUUUCCACUUAUGACUCCAUUUUUAAAAGAACGGAGGGUUACAACGAGCAUCAUCAUCGAUGUGACAGAACACAUGCAAAAGGUCAUGGUCUCAACAUAAAUGAGGAGGAAAUGGAAAGACCUGUCCCUGUUUUGUCAUCUUCAGAGUAUGGGAGACGUGUAAAUAAGCCCAUAGAGCAGCCGUCCAAAGAAUAUGCAAGGUUUAAUUAUGUGCAGGCAGAUUUCUACAACAAAAAUGGAAUCACCUGCUUAUUGGAAGCAUCUUCUCCAAGCCUGGAUCUGUGCUAAAUCGCUUGGACCUGUCAUUACCAGCAACACUUACGUGGGAAAAAACCCAACUCGUGGCAAAAAGCAGUAUGAUGCAUUUGUCUUUUCCUCUACAUUUU